AUGCGCAUCAAAGACUUACAAAAAGCAGAAAAUGCCGUUAUUCGGUUAGUUCAGGGAUCCGUGUUUGCAAAUGACAUUGCGUCACUAAAGGCAAAUAAACCAUUGAAUGAGAAAAGUUCCUUAGCAUCACUAGAUCCAUUCAUCGAUGAAGAAAACAUUCUUAGAGUAGGCGGUAGAAUCAGAAAGUUAUGCCAGUAUAAAAUGGGUGACCUUCCGCAAGUGAGAGUAACACAAUCUAGACCAUUUUAUAAUGUAGGUGUAGAUUACUGCGGUCCGUUCUUUAUAAAGGAAAAGCGAUAUCGAAAUCAAAAAUUCAUAAAAAUUUACGUCGCAAUAUUGGUAUGUAUGACAGUCAAAGCAAUCCGCAUAGAAGUAGUCGAAGAUCUAUCUACGGAAGGUUUUAUAGCAGCUUUACGACGAUUUGUAUCGAGACGCGGUUUACCGGGAACUAUCUACUCGGACAACGGUACUAACUUCCGAGGUGCACACAACAAACUGAAUGAACUAUACGAAUUACUAAACUCACAACAAUUAAAAAUAAAUUUAGACAAAUUUACCAAUAGUAACAAAAUAGAGUGGCAUUUCAUUCCGCCUCAUUCGCCAAACUUUGGUGGCUUAUGGGAAAUUUCAGUCAAACAAUUCAAACAUCAUUUUAAAAGAGUAGCGGCCGACAAAAGAUUUACCUUAGCUGACUUUAACACGUUUUCCAUUGAAAUAGAAGCAAUAUUAAACUCUCGACCAAUAACUCGCAUAUCAUCCGAUAUUAACGAUUUAUCAGCAAUUACACCUGGUCACUUCUUAAUUGGCGAUUCACUCAAAGGUCUACCAGAACAAAAUUAUACGAAAAUACCAGACAAUCGCUUAAGCGCAUGGGAAAGUAUGUCAAAACUCAAACAACAAUUUUGGGAGAGAUGGAAUAAAGAAUACUUAAACGAAUUGAAUAUACGUCACAACAAAUCGGCGGCAGAACCAAAAUUGACUAAAGACCUAGUCGUAUUGAUCAAAGAGGACAACACACCACCGAUGCAAUGGAAUAUGGGUAUUAUUACGGAUGUACAUCCAGGAGCCGACAAAAUUAUCCGCGUGGUAACAGUCAGAACGAAACACGGACUUAAAAAAAGACCAACCUCCAAGAUUGCCGUUCUUCCCAUAGACGAUAACUUAGAAAAACAAGAAACAAUAAGUAAACUCAAAAUUAAUUAA